UGUAAUAGCUUAUAUCUCUAUUCUCCCGCUUAUAAUAAACUUUUAUACAGUUGCCGACCCUAAAUUACUCUCUCUUCCAAAACCCUCAUCCUAAAACCCUAGAGUUUUCUCUCUACCUUUUUCCAAACUAACAAUGAAAUUUUGGGGUGCGGAGGUGAAAAGUGGACAACCUUUAUCUGUACAGCCUGGAGAUGACAUGGUUUUGCAUCUUUCACAGGCAUCUCUUGGUGAGGCGAAAAAUGUUAAGGGAUCAGAACCUGUAUGCUUGUCUGUGACUAUUGAUGGAAAGAAGCUUGUUCUUGGAACACUCAUCUCAGACAAGCUGCCUCAACAACAGUUUGACCUGGUGUUUGAUAAAGAGUUUGAGCUAUCACACAACUGGAAAAAUGGUAGUGUCUACUUUUUUGGAUACAAGGCUGCCAACCCAUUCGAGGAUGAGGAGAAUGAAGAAGAAGAUGAGUCUGAUGAGGAAAUACCCCUUACUAUUGCAAACGAAGGAAAGCCUGAAGCUAAGGCUACUGCAAAGGAUUCUGCUUCAGCUAAGCAGAAGGUGAAGAUUGCGGAACCUAGUAAAGGUGCUAAGGCGGAUGGUGGAGAUGACAGCAGUGAUGGUGAUGAUUUGUCUGAUGAUGAAGAUGAUUCUGAGAUGGGGGAGGAUGAAGAUGAUAGUGAUGAAGAUCAAUCUGAUGAGAGCGAGGAGACACCAAAGAAGGCUGAACCGAGCAAGAAAAGGCCUGCAGAUUCAGCUACAAAAUCACCUGCUCCUGAUAAAAAGGCAAAAUUUGUAACUCCUCAAAAGACUGAUGGUAAGAAAAGUGCUGUCCAUGUGGCAACCCCUCACCCCUCGAAACAGGCCGGUAAGACACCUGGAAACAAGCCAAACCAGGCUCCAAAAUCUGGCGGAUCUCUUGCCUGCAAGACAUGCAACCGGACUUUUGGUUCUGAAAAUGCUCUGGAAUCUCACUCGAAAGCUAAGCACAGUGCUGGAAAGUAAAUAGGAGUAGAAACGUGUAUCUCGAGAUUUGGUUUCGUUUUGUCAAACGUUGGAGGGAAUGAUAAUCAGAAGAGAGUGUUAGCUUUAGAAUAUCUUUUGCUGGUUGACCCUAAUGUAAAGCAAGCGUUAGGUCCAAUUUUGCUACUUUUAUGGUAUUCUGUAUGGAGAGGAACUAUCUCUGGGUAUAAUGUAUGUUUGUAUUCGGUUUAAAUUAAUGGUUGGUUACCUAUUGGUAUUUUGCUAA